AUGGACUUCCUCUUUGCUCAUCAUGCCAUCACCGAAGCCGCCGGCGGCAAAAAAACAGAAGAAGCAGCGGUGUUGAUUUCAGCCUCCAAAGACGCUUACAGGAAAGGUUUGGCGGAAGCUCUGAAUCUCAACCGCACCCGAAGCCAAAGGACCAUCACAAGCAUAAGCUGGUUGCCUGAUGCUUCCUACCUUGCACUUGGCCUCAACAACUCUCAAGUCCAGCUCUGGGAUUCUUCCUCCAAUACCAAGAUCAAAACUUUCAAGGGUCUCCACCACUCUGGAGUAGGAUCACUUGCGUGGAACAACAACAUCCUCACAACUGGAGGCAUGGACGGCAAGAUUGUCAAAUCCGAUGUCAGGAUCAGGCCUGUUGUGGCAACUUACAGAGGUCACUCUGGAGAGGUUUGUGGGCUCAAGUGGUCAGCUUCUGGAAAGCAGCUAGCUAGUGGUGGCAGCGACAAUGUUGUGCACGUAUGGGAUGCUGCUAGAUCAUCAACCACCACCACGCAAUGGUUGCACAGGCUUGAGGAACAUACAUGCGCCGUGAAAGCUCUUGCUUGGUGCCCCUUCCAAUCGAGUUUACUUGCAACUGGUGGUGGUGGAGGAGAUGGGUCGAUCAAGUUCUGGAACACUCACACCGGAGCUUGCUUGAACUCUGUUCACACCGGAUCCCAAGUGUGUGCUCUGUUCUGGAGCAAGAAAGAAAGAGAGUUGCUUAGCUCACAUGGGAACCACCUUGCACUUUUGAACUACCCGUCCUUGCUCAAAAUUGCUGAGCUCACUGGCCAUACUUCAAGCGUUCUCUACAUGGCACAGAGUCCUGAUGGCUGGACCGUUGCUUCAGCAGCAGGAGACCAGACUUUGAGGUUCUGGGAUGUUUUUGGAAUGCCAGAGACUGCCAAAAAACGUGAUCACAAAGCACGCCAUGACCCAUUUCCUCACGUGAGUCCUAGUAUCCGUUGA